GGUAAGGAACAUCUGUCUGCGGUGGUCCAUGGCUUGGCUUUUGUCUGCUUAGAGCCAAAUGCUUUUUGCAGGAGGAAGAGGCAAAGAUGGAGCCCCGAUCAUCACUUUUCCUGAAUAUGCAGGUUUCAGUGAAAUCCCUAACGAAGAUUUUCUGAAUGUCGUGACGUAUUUAACUAGCAUUCCCAGUCUGGAGGCUGCCAGCAUCGGAUUCAUCAUCAUCAUAGACAGACGGCGGGACAAAUGGAGUGCGGUCAAGGCUUCCCUCACCCGUAUAGCCGGAGCAUUUCCGGGAAACUUGCAGUUGGUUUUUGUCCUGCGACCAUCCCGGUUCAUCCAAAGGGCAAUCGCUGACAUUGGCAUCAAACUGUAUCGCGAUGACUUUAAAAUGAAGGUACCGAUCAUCAUGUUAAAUUCGGUUUCUGACCUACAUGGCUACAUCGACAAAAGUCAGCUUACUCGGGAGUUAGGAGGAACCCUGGAAUAUGGACAUAGUCAGUGGAUACACCAUCGAACUGCCAUUGAGAAUUUUGCCAUGACUGUGAAAACCACAGCACAGAUGCUGCAGACCUUUGGAACAGACUUGGCAGAAACAGAACUUCCCAACGAUGUGCCGUGUACGGAAGAGCUGCUUUCUUCCCACACGGAGCAGCACAAGAAGCUGAAGGAUGAGCUGAGGCUCGCUGUGAAGCAGGGGGCCACGCUGCUGACUUGCAUCCGGGAGCCGGUCACACGAAGUGCCACCAGCAAACUGAGCCCUGAUGAGCUUGAAAAUGUGGCGACUGUAGAAAGGUUGCUAGCUCAGUUGGAUGAAACGGAGAGAGCCUUUGACCAGUUCUGGUCCAAGCACCAGCUAAAAUUAGAACAAUGUUUGCAGCUCCGACACUUUGAGCAGGAUUUCAGAGAGGUAAAACUGGCACUGGACAAUUUGAUGGAAAUACAGGCGGGUUUCACAGAUAUCGGAGACAGUGUCACCCGUGUGAAACACAUUCUGAAGGAACGAAAGCAACUGGAAGAGAGAGGACAGGAACCUUUGGAAAAAGCCCAGUCAUUAGCUCUUCAUGGAGACCAGCUAAUCCAAAACAACCAUUAUGCAAUUGACUCCAUUAGACCAAAGUGUGUUGAACUCAGGCGGAUCUGUGAUGACUUUGCCAAUGAGACCAAGAAAAAAUACGAUAUUUUAGGGAAGUCCCUAGAAUUGCACAAACAAUUAGAUAAGGCUAGUCAGUGGUGUGAAGCUGGAAUCUACCUCUUAGCUUCUCAAGCUGUGGACAAAUGCCAGACACAAGAGGGAGCUGAAACUGCACUUUGUGACAUAGAGAGAUUCCUGGAAACUGCGAAGGAUCAUCAACUGUUGAAUGCCAAGGAGUUCUACAAUCAGUUUGAUAUGAUUCUCACCCCAGAAAUAAAGAGCAAUGCCCAAAGAGUUCUACAAAAACUGGAGGAUGUGCAGGAAAUGUUUGAGAAAAGGCAAGUGAGUCUGAAGAAGCUGUCAGCAAAACAGACCCGACCAGUGCAACCUGUUGCUCCACAUCCCGAGUCAUCACCAAAACGAGCAUCACCUAAAAGCAUUCGGCCUGCCACACUAGGUAAGGAAAUCAGGUAUUCCAGAACAGACAAGCUAAUAAAUAGCCACCCUGAGAUAUUGUGAAGGGUGGGAUAUAAAAGCUUUAAAUAAAUAAAUAAAGGUCAGGAUAUCCACAUUUGAAUUUUUCUUCUUUAUAAGAUUCCCCAAUAAGGGAACAUUAAGAUCCAAAACGUGUUGGACUACAUUUUUCUUCUUGGUAUACCCCUAUUUUAUUCCUCUCUGAGGUUGCAUUUCCAUUGCACUUCUUUCCAUGUUAGUUACAAGGAGAUGAGGGUCUGGAGUUCUGAAUCCCAGCUUUGAUGUUGGAGCACCAUUUCCAAACUCAGACUAUAUGCAAUACUAUAUGGUCCCUUAGAUGUUGCCUGGCACACCCUUAGCAUACUAUUUGAACUGAUAUCCCAAGAAUAUGGGCAUGAUUUGAGUUAUAGGCAGCCUGCUUAGUUUGCACUUCCACUACAUUUUCUGCAUAUGCUGAAGCAAUCUUACAACUCCUUUAGUAGUCAACUAAUUCUGCAAUGAACUACUUAGGCCGUGCACACAGUGAUCCAGCUCAGGGGAAUGAAUUAGCCCCAGAAAGCUGUCGCAUCAGCUUCUUUUUGAGUGGAAACACAGCUGGAGUCUGCUCAAUCAAUCUUUGUAAGUAAUAAAGUCCUAAUGCUACUUAUAUCCCAUGUCUAAAUAGUUGGAUCCAUCAUAGCAUCCUGCAUAGUUUGUAGUAUGUGAAAAAGCCCCCACUUAAUGGAUAACAUCUGGUAUGAAGAGGAAAGUUGAAAAAGCUGUGGAGGGAUUAGCUGACUCAGGAAAUGUGGCAGAUGUGAAUUCUAUCGCUGUCUCUUGAGGAAACUGCUAUGCUUUUCAGCCCUGAACAUUUAUUUAAAAAAACAGAUUUGAGGAAAAACCUUCCUUUUCCCUUCCCCUAUCUGUUUCCCUAUUACAGGGCAGUUGUAAAGUAUGACAGAGACAAGAUAGGGAACUAAACUAUUGGUAAGAGUUUGUCUUGCCAAAGAUGCUUAUGCAGUACAGGGUUUUAGGUGGAGAGUUAUGUCAAAAGCAUUUUUAAAAAGAAAGAAUACGUCCUAUUUCUUAGCCAUUAGUGUUUAUACCAUAUAUCUAAAAGAAUGCCCUUUGUGCAAUAAUUUUAUUAUGAUUUCCACUGUCUUAAUUAGCAUAAAUCAAUAUUUGGGGACAAAAGAGUGUUAAUGUUCCUUAAUAAUGGGAAUGUUUUUAUUUAAAAAUGGCCAGCCAAGUAGUAAAAAGAUUAAUUGAGCCCUUGAUACAUGGCCAAUGGGUUGAGAUUGAACUGUUGAGUCAAAAUACAUAUUUUAUGAGUGUUGAAAGCACCUUGUUUGCAUUAUCUCUGUAAAUGUUAAAACAGCUGCUUGCAAGGGGUCCACAUUAUUAAAAAGAAGAAAGAAGCUUACAGUUUUCCUGUUUCUCUUGGUGGCUUUCAAUGCCAUUGUUUAUAUCCUCCUGAACUGACAUGUGGCUGGACCUUGAGGUUGCUGUUUGCAGCGGUUCCUGUCUUUUCUGUUGGACUUUGUCUAGAAUGUGGUGUUGGGGGAUUACUAUUUCACUUCUGCCGUCAUUGGCUUCACGGGUUUUUUCCUCUCCUUUAUAAUCUAAUAUUUCUUGAUGUAUUACAUUUCUAUACCACUCAAUAGCUGUAGUGUGUUACACAUAGGAUUUGUCCUACCCUUGUAUGAUGUGUGUUCCAACUCCACAUCCCCUUGCCCUUGAGAGGCACUUUUCUUAGCAAUGUCCCUUUAAUAUAGGAGUGCUUUCAGUUUUUUGUGAAUGCUGUUUUCUGUGUUGCUACUGGCAGAGCAAAAACAAAUAUGCCGUCGGGGUUGUAGCAACCCCUUAGGUGUUGCUAGGCACCCCAUAGAUGUGUGCAACACACUGAUUUAAUCUGGUUGCACAUGGCUGAAAACCACAGCAGUUGGCUAUUAAGUUGAUAUUGAUACGAAACUCAUGAUUCAUAGUCUUGCCUGAGCCUCUGAAGGAGAGGUGCAUCACUUAACAACGGAAGGAGUUUCCACAAGACAGGCUUCCAGUACUGAAUUAUUUCUGUCUCUUUCUAAAAGGAAGGUCAGAUUCAUUUUGUGUUUUGUUUUGAUUUUUAUAUCGAUAAAAAUUUGUGGAAAACCUAUCAACAUAACCAUCACUCAAGUCUGCAGUCUGACAUCAGAUGCUGCAGAAGAAGAAAUUGACAAUUUUUAUGCAAGGAGAGGCGAUUGAUAACACAUCAGAACAAGGCAUGCUGAUAAUCAUAGGUGGUUAUUAAGGUCCAUGAAUCAGCCCACAUUAGUGUCUUGCAUUCUUGGCUGCAGCUAGUACUAGCCUGGGGCAUCCCUAAGAGACAACUCUGAUUCAUUUGUUAUUUACCUAAAAAAAUUGUGCAGCCCCCACCUCUGCAAGUAUUGUGGCACCCCUGUCCAUGUGAUUUCCAGUGGAUUCUUCUACAAGCAAUGAAAUUUAGUCUAUAGCACAAUUAGGUGUUUUUGCCACUAUCAUAAUGACAUAUCAUAAUGGUAAAUAUUCUUAUUCGCAACAAGAGGUUCUCUGUUGUCCAUUUUUUCUUUGGGACUAAUCAAAUCUUUGAGGCAGACAAAUUUACAUUUUGUCAGAGGAAGAGGAGCAGGGAGAAAAGGCAAGGGAAAAGACUCGUGUUUCACACAACUGCAGUGUAUAACUGUGUACAGGGACACAGGUGACUAAGAAAAGUACAAUACAUACUUUUGUACAUAUGUAUGUACAUAUGUAUGUACAUACAUACAUACAGGGACACAGGUGACUAAGAAAAGUACAAUACAUAAAAACAAAGGUGCUCAUGCAGUUUUGAUGGCCCUUGAGGGUGGAAAACUGGUAAUUAAAACCUCCUUCACAUUACUAUCUGUGAGGAAGGUUUUAAUGAAAGGCAGCUUGGAUAUAUUCUUCUACAUGUCAUGCUUUUAACAAACAUUGUUGUAUUGCUGUGAAAUGAUGUUUGUACCUUACAACUGAAAACACGAGGCUUUGAAUUCUAAACUGAUCCUAAGAGGAGACACUUUCUACCUGCUUCUCCUUAAUUGGGAACUCCAUGCAUCCGAAGGUUGGCAAGGGGAUGCAGAGUGAAGCAGGAAGCAAGAUAGCCUGUUUGGUGAACAUGAAUGCUGUUUUGUUUGUAAAUGGAAAGUCGGAAUCCAAGCCAGAUGCUAUAUGGCUGUGUUUUCACCUUUUUUCACCGCAAGGGUAACAACAACUCGUUCAUCAUUCUACUCUCACAGUAACCACAUUAUUUCAUCCAUACACAGUGCAGUUAUGUCUGGUGUAGCUACUUGGCAUUGGGCAUUAGUUUCAUCCUUCCUGCUUUUCAUUAAGGAGAAUGAGGCACUCAUGUUUGUAUUAAAUGAGGCAUUGGCGAUGAGGUAUUUACUUAAUUUAACUUGUCAAAUUUUCUGCCAUAAGAUGGGGUGAUGGCCAUUGGCUUAGAUUGUUUCACUAGGAGAUUGAACAUAUUCAUGGAGAAUCUCCAGAUUCAGAGGCAGAAUACCUCUAAAUAUUGCUGGUCUUAACCUAUAAAGCCCCACAUGGCUUGGGACUGCAAUACCUAUCAGAGUGCCUCUCUCAAUCUACCCAGACACUACUCUCAGUUUCUGGGGCCUUUCUCUGGGUGCCAACCCCUCAAGAGACUCAGAGGGUGGCAGCUAGUGGGUGGGCCUUUACAGUGGUGCUCCCCCCCCCCGCCAAUCUUGGAAAAACCUUUCUGCUGUAGCCCACCUGGUGCCAAAUUUGCCAUCUUCUUGGUGCCUCUUUGUAAAGUCCUUUAAAGACCUCCCUGGACAUUCAGGGGCCUGAUAAAAUUAGCCAAGUGCCUCUUACUCUUGGCCAGGUUUUUAAAUUGUCUUUUAAUGCUCUUUUAUUUGUUUAUUAAAAGCUUUUGUAUGCCAUCCUUUAUAUAAAUAUCUCAGCUUACAGCACAUUUUAAAACAAUUUAAAACAUCUAAUAACACCAUCCACAGAUUAAACCAGUGAUACCAAUAUAAAACAAUAAACAAACAUCAGAUAAAUCAAAUUAAAUCAAAAUAGAACAAAGCAAAAGUGACUGGAAAAAUCAUUAACACUAUUAUCUUUUAAAAUGCUGCUUAAAUAAAAAGGUUUUGACCUGGUGCCGAAAAUAAUAUAGUUAUUUUAAAUUAAUUUUUGACUCUCACUCUUUUAAGCUAUUGGAUUUUAUUGUUCCUGUACACCACUCAGAUAGCUUCAUCUAUGGGCAGUAUAGAAAUGAAAUGAUGAUGAUGAUGAAGCAAUCAAUAUGGGAAACAUGUUGUCUUUUCACACUUUUUGUGGAUUUUCCUUGGGCUGCAGGAAUAGGUGAACCAAUUUGCUUUGCUUCACAAGGCUCAUUUUAUGCGUGAGCAUUUUUAAAGAAAAGUUUAGGAACAGCUUAGAGUAAGGAACUGUCUGUUUCAACAGUGAGGUAGUAGUUUCAGCAGCUAAAUGAAAAGAUGCCCAUAAUAAUUAAUGCAUAAUAAAUAAAUCAUGGGCCAAAAAAGCACCCACAAGGGCAGUCUCAGCUAUAGAAAGGACCUGUGCAAAACCUAAAUUUGGCACUCGGAUGGUGAAAACAAAGUCAGUCCUGUCCAUGCAACUGCUACAUGGACACACUUUUCAUAGCAGUGUCCCUUUAAUAAAGGAGUGCUUCCAGUUUUGGUGUUGCAAACCAAAUCAAAACAAAACACAAAAUGAAUCUGGCCUUCCUUUUAGAAAGAGACAGAAAUAAUUAAGUACUGGAAGCCUGUCUUGCGCAAACUCCUUCCAUUGUUAAGUGAUGCACCUCUCCUUCAGAGGCUCAGGCAAGACUAUGAAUCAUGAGUUUCGUAUCAAUAUUAACUUAAUAGCCAACUGCUGUGGUUUUCAGCCAUGUGCAACCAGAUUAAAUCAGUGUGUUGCACACAUCUAUAGGGUGCCUAGCAACACCCAAAGGGUUGCUACAACCCCGACAGCGUAUUUGUUUUUGCUCUGCCAGUAGCAACACAGAAAACAGCAUUCAUGGCUGCUUUGGGGUAACUGGGGGAGAGAGGAGGCUUUGACCUCCUCUGUGCCCCAUUAGUCAUGACCCAGUUGCUCCCUUACUGUUGCCUAAUGGCAACAGUAAAAUAGUGAUCCAGGUUGAUUGCUGUCUUGAUGGUGUGGCUUUUUUGGCAGUGGU